AGGUAACAGGGAAAGGUGGUUAUCCUCGUGACAGGAAAGGGCCUCCUGCCCAAAUAUCAGCGGAAGGGCCCUUUAAACGUCUCUCCUCCCACAGGUCGCUCACUGAUCCGCGCCCCGUAUCUGUCUGUCUAUCAUCCACAAGCUAGCUCUACGUCAACAAUGAAUGUCCUCGCUGCUCGUAAUUCAAAACUCGACGGCGUUCCCACUCACAUCCUGAAGAUCUACUGCUGCUAAAGGGAUGCAGUCGAGCAGGGUCUAAGCAGCAGCGAGACCUCCGACUCCGGUGCUAGAAACAGGAGUUAAAUCUCAAACUACGUGGUGGCAGCGGGGGAUUGCUUGUCAUGGCUGGUGGACGAAGAGGGACGAACCGCACCACCUACUGCAGACCACCUCUGAGCAGUGAACCGGGCUCAGUCACCAAUGGCAACCACUCGACCAGCUCCCCCGUCACUGGGGUGCGAUCUCGAACAAGAAAUGGUACAGGAGGGUGCAUGUCCAGUCCUCCUCUGGCCACUCAAACGGUGGUCCCUCUGAAGCACUGCAAGAUCCCGGAGUUGUCCGUGGACUGUAACUUGCUCUUCGAGCUCCAUCUCUUCCUCUGCCACCUCAUCGCCCUCUUUGUCCACUAUGUCAACAUCUACAAGACGGUCUGGUGGUACCCUCCGUCCCACCCUCCCUCACACACAUCACUGAACUUUCACCUGAUCGAUUACAACAUGCUGGUGUUUACAAUCAUCAUCCUGGCCAGGAGGUUAAUAGGAGCGAUUGUAAAAGAGGCAUCACAGAGUGGGAAACUCUCCUUCCCCCAUUCCAUCCUGUUGGUAAUGGUCCGCUUCGCCGUGUUGACCCUGACUGGCUGGAGUCUGUGUCGCUGCCUCAUUUACCUCUUCAGAACAUACUCGGUUCUGAGCCUGCUCUUCCUGUGCUACCCAUUUGGGAUGUAUAUCCCAUUCUUCCGGUUGAGCUGUGACUUCCGGCGAGCGUGUCCCCUCUCUCCCAUCGCCAGCAUCGGCUCCAAGGACCUGGGCAGCGUGAGCCGAGGCCGGGACUAUCUGACAGUGCUGAAGGAAACGUGGAAGCAGCACACCAGUCAACUGUAUGGCGUCCAGGCCAUGCCCACACAUGCCUGCUGCCUUUCCCCCGACCUCAUCCGCAAAGAAGUGGAGUACCUGAAGAUGGACUUCAACUGGAGGAUGAAGGAGGUGCUGGUCAGCUCCAUGCUCAGUGCCUACUAUAUUGCCUUCGUGCCCGUCUGGUUUGUGAAGAGCACUCAGUACGUGGACAAACGCUGGUCCUGUGAGCUCUUCAUCCUGGUGUCAGUGAGCACGUCCGUCAUCCUCAUGAGACACCUAUUACCACCUCGCUACUGCGAUCUGCUCCACAAGGCUGCAGCUCAUCUGGGCUGCUGGCAGAAGGUGGACCCGUCGCUCUGCUCCAAUGUGCUUCAGCACCCAUGGACAGAGGAGUACAUGUGGCCGCAGGGAGUUCUGGUCAAACACAACAAGAAUGUUUAUAAAGCAAUGGGUCACUACAACGUGGCCAUACCAUCAGAUGUGUCCCACUAUCGCUUUUAUUUUUUCUUUAACAAGCCUUUACGAAUAUUAAACAUCCUCAUCAUUCUAGAGGGCGCCAUGAUAUUUUACCAGCUUUACUCGCUGAUAUGUUCCGAAAAGUGGCACCAGACGAUAUCGCUGGCGCUGAUCCUCUUCAGCAACUACUACUCAUUCUUCAAGCUGCUCAGAGACAGAAUCGUGCUGGGGAAGGCGUACUCCUACAACAGCUCGGCGGACCAGAAAGUCAGCUAGACUGGGUCACAACCAGGCUGUCGUGGAACAAGACAAACAUGCUCAAGAGCUCUGUAUUUUUUCUACAAAACCACAAUUCAUGUCAUGUUUUUGUUCUGAUCUGCCAUA